CUUUUUCUUUGUGGAAGGUUCUCCGUUGGUUCUAUUUUCUUUGGACCAGCAUUUUUUGUUUUCUUUGAUAGUUCUUUAUUGCUUUUUCUAUUCACCUAGUAUAAAUGAUGGACAUUGACCACUCUGAAGAUAUUUCACCUCCUGCCACUCCACCGAGCUAUGUAGCCACGGGAUCAGGUCACCAUCAACGAUCACUGUCGUCCAUUUCCAACAUGGAACAUACCAUGCAUAGCUUCAAUCCGGAAGAAAUGGAUCUCUUUUGUCAUUUGAAAACAUCUUUUCAGCAAUUGUCUUCCAGAGAAAAACAGUUCUUGCUCGGCGAGAUCAUCAAUUGCUGUGAUAACUCGCAACUUGUGUACAUCAACAGUCUUAUUGCUCCUCGGUUAAAGGUCGACUUUUUAAAGGAGUUACCCAUCGAAAUAUCCCUCCACAUUCUGUCCUUUAUUGACGAUCCGAAAACUCUCGGUCGGAUCGCUUGUGUCUCUACAUUCUGGAACUCCCUGCUUCGUGAUGAAGCGACCUGGAAAGCGCUGUGUAUGAAACACCGUUACCGACGACGCAAUUCGAGCAUAUGCGGAGGCGAACUUACAAAUCCCCCCUCCAAACGACGCAGCUUUUCCUACCGAGAAUACUUUAAACGAAAAUACAACAUCGCAGCCGCAUGGGCUCAAGGAGGCCAAGUCAAAGUCGUUGAAGAAGGAUUUGCCGAUGGACUCGUCACAUCGCUUCAAUUUGAUGAGAAAUUCAUCGUCGUCGGUUGCGAUAACCAUCGAAUCGAAGUUUUUGAUACCAAUACAGGACAUAAAGUACGGACGUUAACCGGCCACGAGGGAGGCGUCUGGGCUCUUCAGUUCAUGGGAGGCACAUCACAGGAUCCCGAAAGGACACUGGUGUCUGGUGGUUGCGAUAGGGACGUGCGUGUGUGGGACUUAAAUACCGGUCGAUUACGGCAUGUUCUUUCAGGCCACACGUCAACGGUGCGAUGCCUAAAGAUGAAGGACAAGCGAAUUGCGGUGACCGGUUCACGCGAUACCACGUUGCGAGCCUGGGAUAUUCAAAACGGCAAUCUGCUGCACGUUUUCCUCGGUCAUCAGUCCAGCGUUCGAUGUCUCGAUAUUGCGGGGGAUUUGGUCGUUUCCGGCUCGUACGAUUCAACAGCACGUAUAUGGGAUUUGACGACGGGCCAGUGUCGACAUGUGCUGGUGGGCCAUCUGUCCCAGAUUUAUGCUAUCGUGACCGAUGGAUACAGGGUCGUUACGGGAUCACUCGGGUCCCAUAUUCGCGUGUGGUCGGUGGAAACGGGCCAAUGUCUUGCCACGCUAUAUGGGCACACUUCUUUGGUAGGACAACUACAGCUAUCCGGCAAUGUGUUGACGAGCGGCGGUUCGGAUGGAUGUCUCCGCAUAUGGGACCUUCAGCGGUAUGAAUGCGUGCAGCAGAUUUCUGCCCACGAUAACUCGGUGACUUGCCUUCAAUUUGAUGAUCGUCGUCUGGUCAGCGCUGGCAACGAUGGCCGCAUCAAACUGUGGGACAUGAAGCAAGGAAAGUUAAUACGCACCCUCACCCAGCCUGCGAAAACGGUAUGGAAAAUCCAGUUCACCGAAACCAAAGCCGUUGUCCUGAUGCAACGACGGAGAUCACCCGAAGCCGAAGGCGUGAAAACGGUCAUGGAGAUUCACAAUUUUGAUUUUGGCAAUCGAUCCCUCAAAAACAUGCCCAUUGCAGAAACCAUGAUGAACAUCGAUACCAAUUUUUAA